AUGACAUCCUUCGCUUGGCGAGAACACAAGGGAUUCUGCAUAGAUCCUGAUUCCACUGUUUCCAAAGAAAGCAUCACUACCAACGGUAUUGAUAUUUUACCAUGGGACAAAUAUAUCCAACCGAAAGCCAAUGGUGAUGGUGAUAAUGAUGACAAUGACAAUGACGAUGACGAUGAGCAGGUACCAGCCAAAGAAACUUCCAAACCAAGUAAGAAAUUGACUAAACUGGAGAAGCGCGAGUUGCGUCAAGCGAAAAAGAUCAAUGUCCAGCGACGUAAACAACUACAGAGACAAGUCGAGCUAGACUCCAGUAACACGGCUAUUGAGGCUAAUUUUAAGCCGUAUCUUGCCAAACAAGAGCUCCAACAACUUUACAAAAACAUAAUCAAAAAAGCGUCAACAACAUCCAAACCAGAUGUGUCAGAUUUCAAAGUUGCCCAAUGCCACUCAAUAUCAAUCUACAAGUCCGAUCUAGAGCACAUCCUUCCUGGAGAAUGGUUCAACGACAACAACAUCUCACUCAUAUUUGAACUCAUCAAGGAAACAUUUAUCAAUCUGGACGAUAGUCGACCAUUUACAAACCAAAUUCAAUUGCUAUUCCCCAGUGUUGUUCAACUAGUACAGCAUUUCCCCGCUUUGGACAUUGAGAAUCUAUUACCGAUGGAUGAUUUGCAAAAGCUGAGAUUUAUCUUCUUACCCAUCAACAUGAUCGACGAGCCUUUGGAAGAAUUGGACUUGGAAACCGCAAACAAUGGAGAUCAUUGGGUGUUGGGACUACUUUCACUCCUUGAAGAGAAACUCUACAUAUACGAUUCGAUGAAAUUGGAUGAUGAUAUUAAAGGUGAUGAACAGUUGCAAAAUUUAUGUAAAAAACUCGAGAGUUGCUCGAAUUUAGUUCGAGGUAAGUUGAAAAUUGUGCUAAUGAAAUGUGACCAGCAGCGCAAUUUCGAUGAUUGUGGAGUGUUUGUGGUUAUGAUUGCUUGCUAUCUUGUUAAACAGUUUUGUUUUGAGGAGGAGAUUUCUUUGGACUUGUCACACGUCAAAUUCAAUCCUCUAGAUGCCAGAUUAUCAUUGAUGAAGUUGGUAUCAAAUUUUGUCGAAUGCGAGUAG